CUCCCGCAGGUCCCGGAGGCCGCGGCGUUGCGGGGAGCCAGGCUCGGGCCGGCGGCGGUUGCGCCGAGGGAGCCCGGCCGGCACAGCGCCAUGAAGGCGGACUCAGGGCUCCGGGUGGAGGAGGACCACCCGCGUCCUCCACGAGCCCUUCCACCUGUGCCAAGUGCUAAUCAAGAUGAUAUUCCACUUAGUCAUCCUAAGAAAAAGAAGCCCAGAACAAAACCCACAGUAGCUAGUGCUUCUUUGGAAGGUCUUGUUCAGACUGCUGUUCACAGGCCACCUGAGGGCAGUGAGCCACCAACUAAAGACCUCAUAGAACAUCAAGAAGCUCCUGUUCAAAGGAGACAGAAGAAGACGAAGCUACCUCUUGAAUUGGAGACUGCCUUUACCCAGAAGAAGACUUCUAGUGCAUCUUUAUUACCAAAUGAAAAUGGUAUCAAUGUGGAGCCAGCUGAGGAGCCAGCUAUUCAAAAACCUCGAAGGAAGACAAAGAAAACCCAGCCAGCGGAAUUACAUUAUGCCAAUGAGCUAGGAGUUGAAGAUGAAGACAUAAUUACUGAUGAGCAAAGUAGUCCAGAACAACAGUCUGUAUUGACUGCACCCACUGGUAUUAGCCAGCCUGUAGGGAAAGUGUUUGUGGAAAAAAACCGGCGAUUCCAGGCUGCUGAUCGCUCAGAGCUGAUAAAGACCACAGAAAAGAUAGACGUGUCGAUGGACGUGAAGCCUUCCUGGACCACCAGAGAUGUUGCACUGUCAGUGAACCGGGCUUUCAGGAUGAUUGGUCUCUUUUCUCAUGGCUUCUUGGCUGGCUGUGCUGUGUGGAAUAUUGUUGUGAUAUAUGUUUUAGCAGGAGAUGAGCUUUCUAACCUCUCAAACCUUCUGCAACAAUACAAGACGUUAGCAUAUCCAUUCCAGAGUCUUCUCUACUUGCUUUUGGCUCUAAGUACAGUUUCAGCUUUUGACAGGAUUGACUUUGCUAAAACAUCAGUAGCAAUCCGAAAUUUUCUUGCCCUGGAUCCAACAGCUUUAGCAUCUUUCUUGUACUUUACUGCACUUAUAUUAUCUCUGAGUCAACAAACGACAAGUGAUAGAAUCCACCUUUAUACACCUUCUUCUGUUAAUGGUAGCCUCUGGCCAGAAGGAGUCGAGGAACAGGUUCUCCAGCCAUGGAUUGUGGUGAAUCUGGUGGUGGCCCUUCUGGUUGGAUUAUCUUGGCUUUUUUUGUCUUAUAGGCCAGGCAUGGAUCUUAGUGAAGAGUUGAUGUUCUCCUCUGAUGUGGAAGAAUAUCCUGAUAAAGAUAAAGGAAUCAAAGCCUCUUCAUAGUGCCAACUCACCUUCAGAGUAAUUACCAAGUAUUUAGAAUUUUUCCCAUUCUUGUUUUUAAAUGUAUUUUUAUAAGAUAUUUACAGAUGUAUUUGGAAUUGAUUUUUCGAUUAUAUAAUACUGAAGAAUUUCUCAGGAUUACGGAAAAUGCUAAAAUUGUAUCUGUGAUUUAUACCCAAACAUUCAUUUCUAUAGCAUUAUUGUCUUUGUGACAAAGGAGAUGCUGAGGUAGAAACCAGCAGGUGAAAGUGUUUAUUUCCUGUUUUCUCAAAUUAGUUGCAUUUAUAAUCAUUAUCUUUAAAAGUACUGUAUACAGUGCUUUUAAAAAAGCCAUAACUUUAGUGUUACAGAAUAUAUAUAAGGUUUAAACAUAAAUUUAGGGAAUAGAGAAGAAGGGGGGAAAAAGGACCUUCAUUAUUUAUUUUUCAUGUCUCCUUACUGAAUAAAUUGAAAUAUGAAAUUUGUUUUUUUUGAAACUGGUUCAGUGGUUGUGUAUCAUGUAAUAAGUCUAAUGUAAUGUAAUUUAGCUUGAAAGAUGCUUUAUUUCAU